GCAGCAGCAGGUUGCCUUCACUUCCUCUGGGCAGCAGCAGGUCUUCUCCAGAGCCGCCAUUUUGAUUUCAAGUCGCAGCGCCGGGAGAGAAACAAACUGUCUGGAAAAAAAGGUGUGAAUCCCGGGCAGAGUGAUGUGGGACCAGGGAGGACAGCCCUGGCCGCAGUGGCCUCUGAGCCAGCAGCAGUGGAUGCAGUCGUUCCAGCACCAGCAGGAUCCAGGUCAAGUGGACUGGGCUGCUCUGGCUCAGGCAUGGAUAGCCCAGAAGGAGUCGACGGGACCAGAGCCGCAGCAGCAGCAGCAGCCACCACCACCACCGCUGCCGCCGCCGCAGCAGCAGCAGCAGAACAUUCAACCCAACGGGCAGGAUAUCCCCAGUCUGGAGCCCGUCGGACAAAGCAACCGCGGUUCCUUCCAGGGUGAUCCGGCGUUUGGCAGAAUGUGGCAGCCAGAAUGGGGAAUGCAUGGACAGCCCCCUCCCCCUCCUCCCCCUCCGCCUCCUCCACCCCCUGACCAGGCCUGGAUCCCCCCAGGGUCAGGGCCCAUGGACGUGGUGAACCCAAGCGAGGACAGCAACAGCCAGGACAGCGUGGACUUCAACUCUGAGGCCCACCACGGGGUUUACCCCCAGAACAGCCAUGGGUAUGGGGCACAGCCCGACAGCUACGCCAUGGCCCCCAUGGCCAUGAACCAGUUUGAUUAUCAGCACGGAGCCGCCUCGUCCUUCGCCCCCACACCCACGGGCUUCAAUCCUCCGUACUGGCAGGGUCCCCCUCAGAACAGACGAGAUCCCAGACCACCCGGGUUCAGAGAGCGGCCCAGAUCCCCCAUCCAGCUCCCCGUCAAACAGGAGACCCCGGCUACACUUGACGCCGUAAAAAGGCGCACUCUACCUGCCUGGAUCCGCGAGGGCCUCGAAAAGAUGGACAGGGAGAAGCAGAAGAAGCUGGAGCGAGAGCGGAUGGAGAAGGAGCGUGCCGAAAUGGCAAAGGACGACAGCAAAGAGCACGAGGCGGAUAAGGAGGGCGACGGGCCGCGAGUGCCUCGCAAGAGUAAAUUUGACAGCGAUGACGAGGGGAAUGACGAUAAUGAGGAAGAGGAGAACACCUCCGCAAAGAAGGAGUUUUCUGGCCAGAGCCCGCCGCCCCCUGCAGAAGACAGUGAACCUGAGAUGACCGAUGAGGAAAAGGAAUUUCAGCUGAUGAUCAUCACAAAAACGCUCCUGACAGAGAUCCUCCUCGAGGUCACCAACGAAGAGAUCCAGCACAUGGCCAAAGAGACUCACCGGAAAGCCACUCGAGCUCCUGCAAAACAGCUGGCACAGUCAAGUGCACUGGCUUCUCUGACUGGUCUCAGCGGGCUUGGUGACUAUGGUUCCGACGAGAGCGAGGCAGAGGACGACCGCAGCGUGCGAGGGUCUGAGUCCUCCGACACGGACGAGGAGGAGCUGCACCACCGCAUCCGCGAGAAGCAGGACGCCUUCCGCCGCAAGGAACGGGAAACGCAGCAGCUGCAGGAAAAACAAGCGCAGGAGGCGGCUCUGCUUGCACGUGAAGAGAUGGCGAAGGAAAGAUUGAUCAGAGAAAAGGGGGAACAUGAUGAGGGCCAGGCAGAGAAUCCACACAAACAGGAAGUAAAAGAGAGGGAGGCGGAGCCCAUGGUAGAGAGGCGUAGAUCCCGUAGUGAAAAGGAAGGUAGUGAAAGCAGGCACUCGGGCAGAGGGAAGGAGCGAUUGGGGCGAGGUGGCAGCGACUCCCCAGCCAACGGUCACAGCAGCAGCUCUUUCUCCACCUCCAGCCACAGCAGCAGUCGUUCUUCUUCAUCGUCCUCCUCUUCUUCAGCGUCUUCCCGAAGCUCCUCUCGAUCCUCCUCCCCGCGCAGGAAGAGGAGGCGUAGUCGCUCUUCGUCGCGCAAGGGUCGCAAGCGCAGCCGCAGCCACAGCUCCCACAGGCGUCGCAGCGAGCGUAGCGAGAAGGUCAGGGACAGGAGGAGGAGCAGCGCCGACCGGUCCGGCCGCCACAAGAAAGAGCGCAGUGAGUCCAGGGAGCGCAGGAGUCACAGGAGCAGAUCCAGAUCCAGGGAGAGAGACCGGGGCAGAGCCAGGGCCAGAGAGAGCCGCAGUCGCAGCAGAGACAGGGAGAGGGAGAAGGACAGGGAUAAGGAGAGGAAGAGGAGCAGAGAGCGCAGGGACAGCAGUCACAGUCGCAGCAGCAAACACAAGCAGAAGGCCUCUAGCAAAGACAGAGAGAGGAGGAGAGACAGGAGCCGCAGCCACGAGAAGGAUAAGAAAAAGAAAGACAAGGACAGGGAGAGAGAGUCAGAUAAAAAGAAAGAAAAACCAAAGGCCAAGGAGAAGGAAAAGGGAAGCUCUGUGGUUGCAGAGGAGAACGGCAAAUCGAAGAAGCGGAGAGAGAGCGACUCGUUCACGGACGCUCAGGGUGACAGACACUCGCGGCAGGAUAGCAAAGCCAGCAAGAAGGGCUCCGCCAAAGCUAGCAAGAGGCGCUCAGACUCAGACUCGAGCAGGUCCCCCACCCCCGAGGUUAGCAAGGAAAAGAAAUCUAAGAAAUCCAAACGUAGUCGCUCGCGGUCGACGGAAAAAUCUCACAAGUCUGGUAAGAAGGCAAGCCGCAAACACAAGUCUAAGUCGCGAUCAAGGUCAGCGUCCCCCUCCCGUCAUAGCAGACGCUGAGGAGCACUGUUAACCUCCUGACCUGUGCACGUACCAUUUUUAAAUUCCAUGAGUUGAAACAGGCUUGUCUCAUUAUAGAGGCAGUUGUGUAGGUGACAUCCCCCACUCCACUCCACUCCCCCCUCUCCUCUCCUCUCCUCACACUUCUUCUUCUUUCUUUUUUUUUUGUUCAUCUUUGUAAAUAUGUUGUUAUUUUAAAAAGUGUGACUGAAGAACAAGACAAUUUGAAUGGUAGGAUUUUUCUUCUUGUAUAAUUAUGAAAAAAACAAAACUUAAUCGGACUCGGAUGGACCCCAAAAAAAAUCUUAAGUUGUAAAAUUUUAAACAAGUAACAGGAUUAAGUUUUUUUUUCCCCCACAAAAAAUAUUGUUGUAAAAUGUCAAUAAAACGGUUUGUUCCUUG